CAUUGCAGCGAAGACUACACUACCCAGAAAGCCCCGCGGCGGACUACAAGCUGGCUGCCUGCUCUCGGGGAGUGUUUCUCAUUUAAACAAACACAGCACGGAAGAUGGCGGAGAGAGGAGUGUAAGGGAAAAGAAGAAAGAAAGAAAAGAGGGCGAAGUGGAGGAGGUAUAUGCACUCAUCGGGACCGGUGUGUAUCGGGCAUGCAGGAGCAAACGUAGUAAUUCUGUGAGUUGGAGGCUCUUCGCUGUCACAUAAAAGAACACGGCUGGUGUGUCUGACGCCCUGCUGUGGAGGAAUCGGAGCUCCUUUUCUCCUUCUCUGACACAAGGAUGUGAAGCUGAGUGAAGCGAGAGCUCUUUGUUUAAACAUUGCUGAAGAGGUGCUGAUAUGUAUACAAGAUGAGUGGAGUGGGGGAGAACUCCAUGGAGCCGUUGUGUUCCGAUCGCAAACGCAAACUGUCAACCUGCGACACGCCAGGCCUGGGGUGUGACAAGCGGCGGCGAGAGCAGGAAAGUAAGUACAUUGAGGAGUUAGCUGAGCUCAUCUCUGCUAAUCUCAGUGACAUCGACAGCUUCAAUGUCAAACCUGACAAGUGCGCCAUCCUGAAGGAGACGGUGCGCCAGAUUCGUCAGAUUAAAGAGCAAGGUAAAGCCUCAUCCAACGAUGAUGAUGUCCAGAAAGCUGACGUAUCCUCCACCGGUCAGGGGGUCAUUGACAAAGAUCAUCUGGGGCCACUUUUACUGCAGGCCCUGGAUGGCUUCCUGUUUGUGGUGAACAGGGAGGGAAGCAUCGUCUUUGUGUCGGAUAACGUCACUCAGUACCUGCAGUACAAACAGGAGGAACUCAUCAACACCAGCGUCUACAACAUCCUCCACGAGGAGGACCGCGAAGAGUUCCACAAGAACCUGCCCAGGAACAAUGUGAACGGGGUGUCGUGGGGGGGUGAAGCUCCUCGGCAGAAGAGCCACACUUUUAACUGCCGGAUGCUGGUGAAGUUUGGUCAUGGCCCAGGACCCACUGACGAGGCCCCUGGGGGCCCGCGCUACGAGACCAUGCAGUGUUUCGCCCUCACACAACCCAAAGCCAUGAUGGAGGAAGGUGAAGACCUGCAGUCGUGUAUGAUCUGCGUGGCGCGGCGUGUGACUGCUGUGGAGAGGACAGAGAGUUUCAACACCAGACACGAGCUCUCGGGUAAGCUGAUCCAGAUAGACCAGAAUUCCCUGCGUGCCUCCAUGCGUCCUGGCUGGGAGGACCUGUUGAGACGUUGCAUUCAGAUGUUUCUCCAGCACAGUGAUGGACAACCCUGGUCCCAUAAACGCCACUACCAUGAGGCCUUUCUCCAGGGUCAUGCAGAGACCCCAGUGUACAGAUUUUCUUUGUCAGAUGGCACCCCGGUCUCAGCACAGACCAAAAGCAAGCUCUACCGCCACCCAAUGACCAAUGAGCCCCAGGGCUUCGUAUCUACUCAUCUGCUACAGAGGGAGCCCAAUGGAUGCCGCACCAACCAAAGCGGUGGCAUGAUGCAAGGUGGCAUGAGGCAGCAGGCCAUGGGGGGAGCCAACCCCAAUGCCCAAAUGAACAUGGGUCCGGGAGGGGGUAUGGGCAUGGGUGGCAUGGGAGGCAUGAGCAUGAACCGGGGUUACGGAAUGAACGACAUGGGGCACAUGGGUCACAUGGGCGGCGGGUCCAUGUACGGGGGCAACGGAGGCAACAUGAGCAGCAUGGGUAACAUGGGCAAUCGAAUGAUGCAGAUGAAUCAGUUGAACCAGAUGAAUCAAUUGAACCAGAUGAAUCAGAUGAGCCAAAUGACUCAAAUGAACCAGAUAGGUCCAAUGAAUACAAUCAGUCACUCUGGUCCUGGGAUGCAGCAGCAGCAGCACCACCAGCAGCCACCCUUUCAGGCCACUGGUGGCUAUGGGCUCGGAGGCAUGAACAGCCCUUCUCAAGGCAGCCCUGGUAUGAAUGGACCUCAGCAGAGUCUCCUCAUGUCUCCUCGGAACAGAGGAAGUCCCAAAAUGCCCUCCAACCAGUUCUCCCCAGGAGGUAUGCAUUCUCCUAUGGGUCCUAACAGUGUGGGAGGAGGAGGCAGCUCCUUCUCCAGCAGCUCCCUUAAUGCUCUCCAGGCCAUCAGUGAAGGAGUGGGCACUUCUCUUCCCUCCACCCUCACAUCCCCUUCUCCAGCCCACAAACCUGACAGCUCCCCCAGCAUCCACUCUUCUUCCUCCCAGCCCAGUGGACCCUGUAAACCAGGGCAUGGGGACUCCAAGAGCCCAGCAGGGGCUUUCGGAAUGGGGGCUGGAGAUCAGCAUCACUCCCUGCACCACCACCUUCAUCACAGCCUCCCCCACCAGGCCGAAAACAGCAGCGGAGAGCGGCCAGACAGCCAAGCAGGUUCGGGGAGCAAAGAAUCUGGGGAGGGAAGCAGUGAAGCUGGGAAUGCCUCAUCAGAGCCUCCACGGAGGGUUCCAGAUAGCAAAGGCCACAAAAAACUGCUUCAGCUCCUUACUUCACCCACUGAGGAACUUGGAUUAGGUGUAGGAAGUGGACCUUCUGGACCUCCAACAGCAUCAAGUGGUCCAGGUGGCUCCAUGGGCCUAGAGGGUAAAGAGCCAAGUUGUGUCACGAGUCCAUCCUCAACUGGUGUCUCCUCCUCCACCAAUCAGAACCAAGCUCAUGGAGCAGGAGUGGCAUCUGGAGCUCUAGGCUCUGCAUCCCACUACACAGCAUCCCUGCAAGAGAAGCACAAGAUCCUUCACAAGUUGCUCCAGAACGGAAACACGCCCGACGAGGUGGCCAAAAUUACCGCCGAAGCCACAGGGAAGGUGACUCUGGGUCAGGAGGCUGGAGGAGAGACAGCAGGCACCAACACAGGCGCAGGAGGAGGCGCGGGAGCAUCUGGUGGAGGUGCAGGUGCUCCAGAGCCCAAGCAAGAACAGCACAGCCCCAAGGAGAAGAAAACCCAUGCCCUGCUCCACUACCUCCUCAACAAGGAUGACUCCAAAGAGCCUGCUGACAUCAAGCCAAAGCCUGAAGACCUUGAAGGAAAAGGGGGAAGUAAUUGCACCUCACUUAGCAGAGCAGCCCAGGAGAACAUGGAGAGCAAGAUCAAGCCUGAGCCUCCUGAUGAGCUGGACACUAUCCUGGGAGGCCUAAGAGGUCCUGGUGCAGAUUUCCCAGAACAAGGAGAUAGUGGUGCUGCAGAUGGAGGGAACAAGCUCCAUUCAUUCCCUGAUGAUGGAACGAGGAAUCCUGGGGUGGGCUCGGGCUGCCGAGCGCAGUUACAGAAGGCCUUGUCGGUGGACUCGAAGCUGCCUGCUGGAGCAGGACAAGCCGACCGCCGCAGUGGCCCAUGCCCCAUGCCCAUUAAACAGGAGAGCUUGGACGGCCAGCGCAUGAUGGCAGGGUCUGACACUUGCCACAGCAACAUGGGAGUGAUGAGCAGAGGUAUGGGGGUUCCAGAGCGAUCUCCCAUGGGAGGUCCCGGUGAAUGGGGGAUGGCACGUUCAAGUGCCAGUCCUGUGGGCGCUGCCGGCCAUCCCUCCAUGAUGCGGCCUGGAAUGGACUCCUACGGCUCCAAGGGCAUGAUGGGAGGACCCAUGGUCAACCGGUCUAACAGCGUCCCUGGCACCAGGUCCAUGCUGCAACAGCAACUAAUGGACAUGGGAUCUAAUGAUAUGAAUAUGGGCAUGGGCCCUUUUGGCCAGCAGCAGUGUCCAGACAGUCAGUCUCCCUCCUGGCCGGAUAAUGUUAUGGGAAUGGAGAACAGCAGGCGUCAGUUUGGUAAUGCUCUGGAUGAGCUACUGGUGCCUCCCUCCACCUCUGAGGGUCAGAGUGAUGAGAGAGCACUGUUGGACCAGCUGGACUCUUUGCUCAACAACACGGAUGUAAUGGCUCUGGAGGAGAUCGACCGCGCCCUGGGCAUCCCCGACCUCAUCAGCCAGGGUCAGGGCAGUGAUCUGCCGCCAGAACCUUUCCCCGGGCAGGACCCCUCUAUGGUGAUGGAGCAGAAACCCAUGUACUCUCAGGGUUACCCUGGACCCCCCUCCAUGCCCAUGCCUUCAGGCUAUGGGGGGAACCCCAUGCAGGGCCAGCCGCCGCCUGGGGGCUACAACCCAAUGUUGAACCAAAUGGGGCAGCAGGGGGGCUUCCCAGGGAUGGGGGGUAUGGGGCCGAUGGGGGGAAUGGGGCACCCCCGCCCCGGAAUGAUGAGGCCAAGGAUGAUGAGUGCCACCAAGCCAACCAGACUACAGCUGCAGCAGAGGCUCCAAGGACAACAGUUUAUGAGCCAGGCUCGGCAGGGCAUGGGGAUCAAGAUGGAGAAUCCUGGAGGAGGAAACCCUGGUAUGCGGCCUGGAAUGCAGCCAGGAAUGGGGGGGCAGCCAAGUUUCCUGAAUGCUCAGAUGAUGGCUCAGCGAAGCAGGGAGAUGGUGACAAUGCAGAUGCGGAGGCACAGGAUGAUGAUGAUGAUGCAGCAGCAACAGCAGGCAGCGGCCGGAGGAUUCAGCCCACCACCCAAUGUCACAGCCCCCACAGGCAUGGAUGGGGGUAUAGGGGGUCCUGGCAUGGGUCAGCCUGGCCAGCAACAGUUUGGCUAUGGAAACUAUGGGAUGGGUCAGCAGGGAGACCCCUCGUUUGCCCCCGCCGGAGGCAGCCCUCCUAACGCCAUGAUGCCUGGCCGCCUGGGGCCUCCGCAAAACCCAAUGAUGCAGCAGCAUCCUCAGGGGGGUCCCAUGUACCAGACCCCUGACAUGAAGGGCUGGCCUCAGGGAGGAAUGGGCCGCAACAGUUCCUACCCGCAGCAGCCAUUUGGUCAGCAAGGCUCCGGUCAGUACCCACCAAUGAUGAUGAAUGGAGGCAUGGGUGGAGGAGGAGGAGCCAACCCUGGUCACAUGGGUCAGAUGAACAUGGGCAUGAUGGGUAGAAUGCCUAUGGGCCCAGAGCAGAAAUAUAUGUGAAGAGGAGCAACAGCCACUUCUGAGGAAUGAGGACACUGUGAUGCCUAAGAGAGAGACGCACACAAAUCUAUGUGGCUCUCACUUCAAGGAAAAUGGCCAGAUUUCACACACAAAUGCACAUAUACCCACACUUAAACGCAUACAGCACUGAGCAAAAGUCCAAGAUCAUCCUUCAUUUUUUUACAUUUUCAGUGAAAGUAGCCUUUUUUGUGAAUAGAGAUUAGAUAAAAGAUAAUCCACAUAAGGAAGGAGAACGUCAAAGAAAAUAAGUGGAAAAACACACAGUUCACAAAAUGAUUAAAAAAAACAAAGAAAAUGCCUAACAACCACCUGGAAGACCUGGUUGACACCAAAACUGUCCCCAUCAGAUAAACAGCACUUAAAGCUUUCAUCUUUGAAAGAGAUGCUUCAGAUCUGACAACAUCCACUGGUGUCCAUUCUUCCACUGUGAGAGGACGACUCAAUGCUAUGGAUCCGAAAGGAUGUGUAGCUGUCAAGAAGCCUCACUGAGAAAAAGAUCAUAGAAGCUGAACAAUGGACCGAUUUCCCCAAAGUCCAGACCUCAACAUCACUGAAUGUGUUUGAUUACUUCAGAAAAUAAUCAACCAACUUCUAAGACUGAACUUUUGGAGGUGUGGUAAAACAUCCCUGCAGAUUUCUGAAAAGGACAAAAGUUGUAAUAAUGGCAAAGAAUGGACAAACUAAUUACAGAUAAAAAAAUUGUUUAUUGAGGCUUCUGUGUAAUUUAUGGUAAAUUAUGUUUUCCACCUCUGAAUGAAUUUACUAUAUAGCCUUUUUUCACUGGAAGUUAAAUAAAUGAAUCGUUCUUGCGUUUGUACAGUGCUGUACUACACACAGAAUAUCUUACACAUAAAGCUGAGACACGAUGUAAACACUGAGAUAUCAGAACAGAUACAUCAAUGACUGAAACUGAGUGUACAAUUGUACCAUCAUCUUCAGAAUUGUGCUCAGAGUUGUCCUUUCUCUUUCUCUAUGUGGGGUUUGUUUUGUUUUUUGUUUGUUCGUUUUUUCAUGUCUCUCAUUGCAAAGAGUCCUGACACUUUUGCUGGACCAAAACAGCGAACGAGAUACUGACAUAUUGAGAUGUGGAUUGCAAAGAAGAUGUUCAAAUGGUCCAACAUGUCGAGCACACAUGAGAAAAUAUCUCCUCACCAAUUUUUCCGAAUGUAUAUCAUGCUGUGUUGACCAUUUUGGAUGUAAGACCGCCCUCUGUCUUGUUAAAGGUACUACGAGAGUCAGAAAAAAAAGAACCAUUCGGCUGUGAUUGCACUUUACCGGGAAAAGCGAAAGCUGGCUUUUGGGCAAUUGGAUCGUUGCAAUAUUUUUAGCCUUACUGGAGAACUAAUGUAAACGGAAAAGAAACGUCACCGUUCUGGACGUCCUGGGCUGAUGGUGGUUCGAGAUUGAUAACGAAAACGAAAAUGCAGCUAGCACAGAGAUCAUUUAUUUAUGCAGAUUUAAGCAAUAAUCUCAACCCCCCCUGGAUUUUUCAGAUGAAAACAGCUCAAAGUUACCUGUCAAAGCAAAGGUACUGCAGUAUUAGAAUUGAUGUCACAUUCUAACGGAUGAAUUAUUUUCCCCGAUCCUUUCUGUCUGUGAAUACAAUUUGUAAAUACGCUUUAAAAUGUACUAUAUAAGCUUUUUGUAGGUCACAUACUGUUUUUGCACAGAUUGUCGGGCUUGGUAUUUAAAAUAUGAUUUACUUAUUCUGUGUUAUAGGUCAAUACAGCUUUUAUUUUCAAUAUUUCAAUUAAAUGGGGGGAGAGAGUGAGGUGAGGGUCUUUUUUAUUAUUACUAAUUUUUGUUUUUAACUUAAAAGUCACCACUUUUUAUUUUUUCAGAGAGCACUUUUUUAAUUUCUAAAAGCAAACCACGUGAAUUUCUCUAGGUUGGUUUCUUAAGCUGUUGUUGAAGCUGGUAAUAUGAAAAUUGGUUUUAACGUUUUAAAUAAACUACACUGUCCCUUAAAUAAAACGGCGAUAUUCUAUACAUACACUGCUGAUAAACUUGGCAUGUCUGAGUCGCAGUACUUCAGCUUUACCAGAUUUUUCUCUAUUCUGUCGUCUACAUAAACUAUUACAGUUUGAAGGUAUUGCAAUAUGAAGAUGACUGUAUAAAUGUAACCAUAUGGGUUCUAAUUUGGACACGCAUUUGUUUUUAUUAUCCCGUUAAGCCAGCACAUUCAUUUCAUGUUUAAUUUCAAGUUUUGUAUUAAUUUCAUGCCUUUGUGCUCAUUUAUUUACAUGUAUAGCUUUUCACAAAUCUACCUUUAAACAUGUGCGCAAUCCAAAGAUUUUUGUUUUCCAUUUUAAUGAUGGUUUGGAGUUUUUCAACAUACUCAUGUGAUUGUGUCGGGGUGUCGAGAUUCACAGCCCUUUUGUAUCACAACAUAUGAGUGAUUUCAGAAGUAGCAGACUUUUAUUUUGUGUUUUUGUUGUUUUGUUUUUUUUUUUCUUUUAUUAAUUAUGUAAGCAGAAUUUGAUUGUGGAGGAGGACAUUUGAAUGAUGCUGUUAAAUAAUGAGUUAAAUAUUAACAGUUUAAUUUAGACAUAAACUGUGGAUUUACGAGGCUCAGAAUAUUCCACUUUUUUUUAUGAUUUUUCAGUUUUUUUGGACUGCUCUCCAUUCCACACCAAGCUAGUUUUUCCAUAAUGAGUUAUUUGGACAUAAGUGAUCUAAAAAUCGAAUUCCCGCCAGGACUUAUUUCUUUGUUCUUUAAAAAGAAAAGUGGAAAGAUGAAGUACCCUUAGUCCUAACAAGAGUAUCUCUGUGCAAUCUCUGUUCAAAAAGGAAAGUGAAAUAGAUUUUAAAAAAGAGACAAGGGGUAAUACGUGCUUGUUAUCUUGAUCAGGAUGUAAAUUACUGGUGCAUUUAUCUUGUUUCUUGAUGUUAAUAUUGAUGUAAAUACAAAUUUCUAUUUAAACAUUU